AACCCUGUAGAUGCGGUCCACACACGUGUGCAACCGAACAAAGAUGUUUGGUGUUGUAAGCCUGACAGGAGCUCUACUGGCGUCUCUGAGAGCGACGAGCCGCUCCCCCAAUCUACUGGCUCAACCUCAACACAAACUCGUAACGAAAGCGGGGAUUUUAGCCGGCCUCUUAUCGAGAUCACGUGAUGAGGGGACGAAGGCGCAGCAAAACCUAACAGAACUUUCGGGUCCCCUACUUGGGAGCUACACUGUGCCCACACCGAGUACUCUGUGGGAGGCUGUCCUGCUGUGGGCUGUACCAAAGAGGAGAACGUCUCACUCUAAGAAGAGGAUGAGGAUGGCACACAAGUACCUGAAACCCAAACACCACUACCAGACCUGCCCCAAGUGUGGCCAGCUGAGACUGCAGCACAUGCUGUGUGGCUACUGCUUCAGAGAGACUAUGAGACUGACUGCUGCACUCAGGAGACAGAGGGCGGAAGGAAACACAGCAGAACAAGGACAGGAACAAGAGGCACAUUCUCCGCAGUUGCAUGCAUCUUCUGAUGAAAGUCUCUGGUGUUGGUUUGUGCUCCUGAACCCCUCGAGCGGUAGUUCCGGUUCUGGACUCGGCGACGACGGCUCGAGUGGAGACGGCGGUGGCCGUCUGGGGCCCGCCUGUCCCAAUUGCCCCAGUGGCUUGGAUGCUCACUGCCCCAUAGACUACGAAAACAGGACCAUCACGUGUAGUGUGGACCCGGCGUCUUGCGAUCUCUCCCGGCGGUGUGCAGCGGGGCACGAUUGCAUCGUUCACUUUAACCUCCGGAUGAACGACAGCAGAUGGACAUUUUCAUCUCGCUGCUAUCCCGACACUGUGAAUGAGAAGUAUUGUAAACUCCUACCAGCUUAUAGAGUCAGCACCUCAUUUCCUCCAAAGCAAGGUCUCAUCUGUUACUGCAGCCAGGAAUGCUCCUGGGAUAAACCACAAACAUACUUUCACCCCUACCCUCCUGAAAUUGUCGCCACAUCAUCGUUGACUCCUUCAUUGACUCCUUCAUUUACUCCUACUCCAUCUAUCGCCAGUGACAGUGUUGUACUGCAUACAGCUGUUCCGACCACGCAUGUGAUAGCUGGCGUGGUUCUCGGAGUUCUACUGGUGCUAGUCAUCGUAUCAACAGUCUCAGUGUGUCUAGUAUAUCACUGGAGAAAGGCCAGACAGCUUCGUACGCAGCCACGAUCUUCUAGGAGCUCUCGAGGGACCUGUCGAGGUCGCUAUGGAUACGUGUACAGAACAGAGUACGAGGGAGAGCUGGUGGCCGUCAAAGUCUUCAGUUAUCAGAACCGACUCUCCUGGGAAAACGAGAGGACACUGUUUGGAAUGCAGUCAACGAAGCAUCGGAAUGUAAUCGAUUACAUCGUCGGGGGGAUGUGGGGUUCGGGAUUCCAGCUCCAAAUGUUUAUCGUGACUCCGUUUUUUCCUCUCGGGUCCCUAAACCGGUUCCUGGCUCGUAACACCGUGUCGUGGGAACAGGCUUGUCGGGUUAUUCACAGCGUAUCGAGCGGCGUGGCUCACCUUCACUCAGAGUCCUACGUCACCUCCGGUGGUGUGUCUGUGGAAAAGUACGCCAUUGCUCACCGAGAUAUAAAAUCUGCUAACGUGCUGGUGAGGGGUGAGAAUGGGGAUUGCGUCAUCUCUGAUCUUGGAUUCGCUAUGAUUCUGGACCCAAGCAGAGACGAGAAGGACAUGGCUAACAUGGGACAGGUGGGUACCUACAGGUACAUGGCUCCCGAGGUGUUGGAUGCCAGGAUCAGUCUCCAGGACAUCCAGGCCUUCAAACAGAUUGACAUCUACUCCCUGGGACUGGUCAUGUGGGAGGUCAUCUGGAGAUGCAACGUUCAGCAAGAGGAGAGUCCGAGGGGUUACCAGAUGGCCUAUGAAGACAGAGUGGGCCAGAGACCUGGCAUCGAUGCCAUGAGGGACCUUGUCUGCACUCAGAAGACACGACCUCGCAUCCUGCCUGCUUGGAGAAACCACCCUGGUCUCGAUUCUCUGGUGAUCACCAUUGAAGAAUGCUGGGACGAAGACCCUGAGGCCAGACUCUCCGCCAGUAACAUCAUCCUUCGCCUCAAGGAGCUCGUCGACGGAGGACCGUCUUCCCUAGCCAGUGACCACACCCCCUUACAUUCCUUCCCACACCCACCGGUUGUCCCCGGCAACCUGGAGCAGUUUAGAGUCAGUGAGGCUCUAGAGUCCACGACUGAUACAAUUGGAACGACUGAUUCGAGACCUCCUCCUUAUGACAGUCGAUGGAGCUACACUGCCCCUGGUGGUCCAGUCGGGGACGAUGAUGGUGGUAGUAGUGAUGGUAGCACCUCUGUCACUAUGGGGUUAAACUCCUCGGUCACCAUGGGGUUAAACUUUGAAGAGACUACAGUCUGAUGUAAUUAUACUCACAUACUUUUAUCAAGCAACAAUCAACAUCACAUUGCAAUGUACAGUUCACCUUUCAGUUGUUAUAAUAAUACUUCACAGAAACAAUGCAGAAACACAGCAGUUGCUUUACGGCGCAAAUGGUCGGUUUAUGGUUUUCAUUUCUUCUUUGUCUUUUUUUCCCACUGGCUGGUCUUGUUCUUGACCAGCCCAAUCUCAGGCAGUGAAGCUUUCUCCUUUGCCUUGUGGGGGCAGCACACACUUCAUAUAAGUUACCAAAUGCAAGAGUGGGUUUACCCUCUGGAAGGCUCUGGUCUGGUAGUGCUCCGGAAGUUUCUCAGCAUCAGCCUAUACACAGAGUGGAAGAAGAAAGAGAGAAACAAUGGGGAUUAUGCUAUAUAGUGGAAGAGCUUGUCUUGAAAGUUAGCUCCAUAUAGACCCG